AUGCCGGUGUUGGUCCCCCCUGUGGAGCACAGCCAGGACACGCGCGUAGGGGCGCAAGCAUGGCGCGAGGCGGCCCUGGCCACCACGCAGAAGGCGCAUCACCUGACCGACCGCUGCGGCCAGGAGGCGGUGACCAUGUGGCAGCCCAAGGACAGCGUGCUGGACCCGAACGUAGCGAGACACCUCGGCCGAGCCGCCCACAUCCAGCCGUGGCGUUUCCGCGUCCAGAUGCUCCGGGGCGGCGGCACCGUGGAGCAUCCGCCGCCGGGCGAGGGCGUCACGCUGUGGAAAAGCAAGAUGAAGCCGCCCGCGUGGCACGCCCGCUUGCCGCUGCCCCUGCACCGCGAUGCGCGCGCCCUGCAGACCGCCGAGCUGGUGCACGCGCACGCGCGGGGAGCGCGCCUCGCCGCCGCGCGCCUGGGCCGCGCGCAGCACCAGAUCAAUGGGCAGCUCCAGCAGCUGCUGCGCCAGCGCGAGGCCACCGACUGCAGACUGAGCGAGGUGCGCAAGGGCCUGCUCAUUAACCGGCAGAGCUGCAAGCUGCGGAGCUACCGGCCCAAGUCGGAGAAGGUCCAUGACAAGGCCGACAGCAUGCUGACCUGGGAGGAAGAAGAGCUAAAGGCCAUGAAGAAGAAGCUGGAGAAAGAUAUGGAAAAAUCCGAGACCCUGCUUAAGGCCCUGGCCUCUUGUCGGGACACUCUAGACCACUGCUUUAAGGAGCGACUCCAAGCUGUGGAGUUAAUGAAUCAGCCACUAGACAAGGUUCUGGAGCAGGCUGGCCGUCACUCAUGGCUUGACCUCUCCAGAGUCCCCACCCCGCGCAUUCAGGGCCAGAAAACGCCACCUCCAGAUCCCGUGGGCACCUAUACUCCAGAGUGCGCAGCCACGUUGAAUGAAGCCAAGCAGUUGUUGAUGGAGUCCAAGGAUAUGUUGAUGGACAUGGCCAGGAACGAGGAGCAUGUAAUGGAGCAGCAGCGGCAGAUCAGCGACCGCGUGAGCGCCACACUAGCGCAGAAGAUGCGCGAGACCAUGGAGCUGAAAGAAAAAAUGAACAUGACCUUGGGACUCAUGAGGGGAACGAUCAACCGGUGCACAAAAUUCAACCAAGAAAUGUACAUCACCCGUGGCCUCAUCAAGGGCCCCUUGUUGAAAAGUCACUUGGAGACUCGAGAGAAGCUAGACAGACCCCUGGUUCGCGCGUACCAGAGACACGUGGGCACCCAACUCCCCGAGGCCACACGCCUCGCUCAGGGAACGGACCAGCUGCACCGCCACAACGCGCACAUGGAGAGGAACCUGCGUGAGCUCCAGGACUCGCACCGCAACCUCGCCUGGAGCCUCAGCAGCAAGCAGAAGGGCUACGAAAUGGACUACAACGUGGUGCGCCUGCGCCUGCGCCAGCGACACCCGCAUGUGUUCUACGAGCAGGCGCAGCGCCUGGUCAGUGAUUGGGACCCGAGCACGCCGCAGCGCCGCAAGCAUCGCACCGCCCACCAGUGACAGGCGCGCCUUGGGCCCUACAGGCCUGUCUGGCAUGACAUCGUCCUUGCCCUCCCUCUCUGGACCUACCC